CUGAAAUAAUUUGCAGGGGACCCGUUUUUUCGAUUAAACUAUUGAAACUCCAAACUGAUUUCUAUCUUUAUUAGUCAAUUCAUUAUCAUUUUUAUUAAAGAACAAAUAGUUGAUAAUUAUUUUUGUAGAAUAUUAUUUAUUUAUAGAUCACUUUGGGAGCAUUUUUUGGAGGUUUUGUAGCUCAAUGUUUAUUCAAAGAUCCUGUUGGAUUUUAGUAAAACUUGUAACCCAGAAUGCAAUGUUGAUACUGAAACAUCUCGUUUUUUCAUGGAUAUUGGGCAAAAGAUUAAAAGUAAUUCUAAAUGUUCCAAAGAACAAUUUGUUAUAGAAUGUAAAGAAACAAAAUGCAAUACAGAAAUUGCUAUUGGAAAUGAUGCAAUGUCAAAAAAUGUUAAGUUACAUUAUCCAUUACAAAAUAUUUAUAAAAUUGAAGAUACUGAAAAAAAUAAUUGGGUGCCGUACAAUUGGGAAAGACAGUUGAAAAAUAUAAGACAAAUGCGCUGUAAUUUGUUAGCACCAGUAGAUAAAAUGGGAUGUCAUAAGUGUGCAGAUAAGUUAGCUGAAGCUCCAAUCUUUCGAUUUCAGUCAUUAAUUGCACUUAUGUUAAGUAGUCAAACUAAAGAUAAAGUUACAUUUGAAGCAAUGAAUCGUUUGAAAAAGAUUAAUUGCAGUCCUUUAAUAAUUGCCUCAAUGUCAGAUGAAGAACUUGAAAAACUUAUAUAUCCCGUUAGCUUUUGGAAGCGCAAAGCACAAUAUUUAAAAAGGACUUCAAAAAUACUACUAGAAGACUAUAAUGGUGACAUACCUAAGAAUGUGGAAGCUCUUUGUGCCCUACCUGGUAUUGGACCAAAAAUGGGACAUAUUUGUAUGCAGGUUGCUUGGAAUGAAAUUACUGGAAUAGGUGUGGAUACACAUGUACAUAGAAUUAGCAACCGUCUUAAAUGGGUACAAAAGCCAACUAAAAAUUCAGAAGAAACAAGAAUUGCUUUAGAAUCAUGGCUUCCAAAAGAACUUUGGGCAGAGAUAAACCAAUUGUUUGUUGGUUUUGGUCAAGAAAUUUGUCGAUCACGAAACCCUCAAUGUUUCAAUUGCUUAAACUGUACUAUUUGUCCUUAUGUAACAAAUAAAUACCAGUUUUGAAUAAAGUUUAAUCA